AUGCCUAAGGAGAAGACCACCACCCGCAAGACCAAGCCCAGAGUCGAGAGAAAGAAGAAGGACCCCAACGCGCCCAAGCGUGGUCUCUCGGCAUACAUGUUCUUCGCCAACGACAACCGGGAAAAAGUCCGUGAGGAGAACCCUGGCAUCUCGUUCGGUCAGGUUGGUAAGAUGCUCGGUGAGAAGUGGAAGAACCUGAGCGACUCGGAGCGCAAGCCCUACGAAGAGAAGGCUGCCGCCGACAAGAAGCGUUACGAGGAUGAGAAGGAGAAAUAUGCUGAGCAGCAGGCCGCCGAGGCCGAGGAAGAUGAAGAAUCGUCCUAG